UCGAAGCUCCUCCCCUUUAUGACGUCAUCGAGUCUGUCUCCUGCUGUCGCCAAACUUUCCAGCACAGCCGACAUCCGCUUUAAGAGACAAAGGUAACAUCCACCGGGCCAACACCUCAGUCCCAUCAAGACCUGGAUGCUGUGCAUGAAGACCACGCAGAAGGGUCGGUAGCAGGCUAGCAUGCAACACAGAAGGUGGCGCUGCUUAGUGCGUGUGCACCAUGGAUGAGUUCAGUAGCAGGACGUACGGCACCAGCGGCCUGGACAACAGACCGCUGUUUGGGGAGACGUCCGCACGGGAUCGCAUCAUCAACCUGGCAGUGGGGGGAUUUACCUCUCUCGUUGUGUUGGUGACUGUGAUCAGCUCCUUUGUCUUCCCAUCGUUGCCUCCACGGCCACUCAAUGUCUUCUUUGCUGUUUGCAUCCUGCUUGCCUGCGGCUCUGCCAUAGUACUGAUCUUCUGGUACCGCCAAGGCGAUCUGGAGCCCAAAUUCCGCAAUCUGAUCUACUUCAAGCUGGCGUCCAUUGUGCUGCUGUGUCUGUGUGCCAACCUCUACUUCCACGAUGUCAGGUGAGGAGCAGAACGCCGCCACCUCACCACGUGGACUCUUGAUGGACCAAAAAGGACGUGCACGCACACAUCACUUCCUGUUUGUGUUUGUCUGACGGACCAUGGACAUUGUGGAAGUUGCCACGACGACCAGCCUGUCGCGACACGCUUCGAAGAUGAACACCCCCACUACGGCACAAAGCACUUCCUGUCAAGUGGUGACCUCCAAAGACUAGGUUGGACAUGACGUAGGAAGUUGACUCACUAGUUGGGUGAAGGUCUAGCUUCACAUGUGAAGUGUUUGUGUAACUUUAACACCCCCCGCCCUCACACGACCUUAGGAUUGUCAGUUUCCUUUUUUUAUUUGACUAUUUUACGGAAUAAAUACAUGCAACUGA